AUGUUUCCUUAUGCAGUGAGCUAUGGGGAGGGCCAUGGCUGGUGCCUCCUGAGCAGAUUCCUGAAGGAGAAAGUGCAGCUAACCAAGAUAGCUGUAGAAAGCAGUCACCACGCAGCAGCUGAUCAGUCAUUACUAGAGAAUGUGUGGGCCAACUUCAUCAGUGGAGACGAAGCCGAUAGAGCAACAAAAUCAUGGGGAAAAUUGCCUAGGUUGGAUGGGAAAGACGGGUCCAUGGAAAUUUUACAAAGGCUACCAAGUCUUGGGAGGUGGAUAUCAAUGGGGGCUGACGCCUGGGAGGAUCUUCUCCGUGGAAUUAUUCCUCCAGGGAAUACAGACCAAUCAUGCAACUAUGUUACCUGUAAAGAGAUAAGCACUCGAGGGCUUAAAGUGAAUUCGAUGAGAGUAGAGAAACCGACAACGAGACACUACUGGGGAGUGAGAAGGCGACCUUGGUGCAAGUAUGCAGCAGAGAUAAGGGACUCGUCGAGGAAAGGAGCUCGAGUUUGGCUUGGGACAUUUGAUACAGCUGAGGAAUCAGCUAUGGCUUAUGACAAGGCUGCUUUGAGAAUUAGAGGCCCCAAGGCAUAUCUUAGCUUCCCAAUUGAGACAGUAUCUAAGGUUAUGGGGAUCGACCAAACAAAAACUAACUUCGACUGUUGUUUGCCUGCAACUAAUUAUCAAGGCAACGACUCUGCUAGCGCAGAUCUCGGCGGUGGCAAGAAUUUCACUAGACAUCGUAAAAGAGAGUCUAGCAAUGGGGAGCAAAACAGUGAGCUUGUGAUGGUUGAACAACCUAAUCUAAGGAGAAUUGCAAGUAUUGAAGAGGAUGGAUACGAUGUAUUUGAGUUUAAGGAUCUGGGGAGCGAUUAUUGGGAGAGUUUGUUGUCAUCUUUUUGACAUAAGAGAAUCUAAAGGGAUACGAGAUUUGAAAGAUUACAGGUGUAAAUGGAGAUUGGUUGA